UAAUUGACUUCAAUUCAUUCACCAAAGUAUAGCACCUGACAGAAUCGUUUCCAAUUUUCCAUUUUUCAUUUUCUUCUAAAACAAAAAUCCCAUUGUUGCAAACUGGAAUUUUGUGGAAACUGAGUCUCUCUCUUUUCUUUUUCUCUUCUUUUGGCUCUAGAAUUUGAAAAACGAAAAAGAAAAAAAACAGGAUGAGUACUGAAGCAGUUAAGAGAAGCACCACCGGAGCUCUAACGGUGAAACAACGGAAAAUCGAUGAAUUGAAGCCUUCUCCGGCGCUUACUGUAGAACCCAAGAAAGUUCUCAUCAAAAGUGCCGACAUGAAAGACGACAUGCAAAAAGAGGCUGUCAAUAUCGCCAUCUCCGCUUUCGAGAAGAACAAUGUAAAGAAAGAUGUAGCAAAGUACAUUAAGAAAGAAUUUGACAAGAAAUAUGGACCUACUUGGCACUGCAUUGUUGGUAGCAAUUUUGGUAAACCCAAAUUUCUAAUAGAUUCAAUUUUCAUGGAAAAUAGAAUCCAAGAUAUCUGUUAUUUUUAAGCGAUGCUGUUGUUUUUACUUGAAAGCAAGCAAUGUCAAAAACAGGUCCCAACAAGACUCUGCUUCGUUCACUGGGUCAUCGCCAUUUUUCAGAUUUAACUGGAACAAAAGCCAAACGAAACUAUGCUAACAAUGUCUCUGAGUACAACACUGUCCUCGCUUCUCUCAAUGCCAA